GUCAGUUCAAGCUUUGCAACAUGGUAAAAAUGCAUAAUUACAGUAAGCUAGUAUAAACUAUAAACCCAUAACCAACAUUUUAAUCUACAUAGUCUAUGUGCAGAGUAAGAACUUCCAAGUUGUCAACUUGAAGAUACAGUGUGUCUUCACAUUAAUACUUCCGAACUUGGCAACGAAGUUCGGUUUCAAUUUCCGAACUUCAAAAUGAACUUACGAACUUUGAAAUGCAUGAACUUCGGUAUUUCAGAAGUUCAUAUGUAGUUUAAUAAACAGAUUUUGGCGCCUUAAAUUGUCACUGUUUAAAAAGUGAAAGGAAAACGCAUGAACCCUUUUACAAAGCAAGGACAAGCUCUUCCAGUAGAAGUACGCAACAGGAUAAUAUUCCUUUGGCGUGAAGGGCAAAAUCCAUCACAGAUAGGGUUUAAUCUGAACCUCAAACGGCAAACAGUAACUAAUAUCGUAAACAACUUCGUAACUCGGGGAACGGCGGAGGCUCUAAAAGGGGGAAAUACACAAAGACAUGCAAGAACUGACGAUGUUUGUGAAUAUAUAGAAUACUAUAAACAACGACAGCCCAGUGUGUUUGCUAAAGAAUUACAACAUUCUUUAGUCGAAAAUAAUGUCUGUUUACAACAGAAUGUGCCAUCGCAGUCAACUGUAAGCCGAUGUUUGAAAUCCGACUUGGGUUAUUCUUACAAGAAGCUUAAAGUAAUUCCUAGAGAAUCUCUUACGCCACAAGCACAAGACUUACUUGAGAGAUAUUUAGCAGCAGUAUGCAGUGUAAACAUCAGAACAUUACAUUUUUUUGAUGAAUGUUCUGUAGUUAAAACCACAGGAAAUCGACAUUACGGCCAUUCUGGAAUUGGCACCCGAGCAAUUGAAAUUCAGCGAUAUGCAAGUAAUGCAACUUAUACAGUGAACUUAUUGCAUAAUGUCUAUGGAAUUGGACAUGUAAAUAUUUUACCUGGUCCGUCUAAUGGGCUCGAACUCUUGAACUUUUUUGCCGAAGCAAUUGAGGAACAGGACGUCUUUGACAAUCCAAUUUUGAAAGAAGGCGACACGAUAGUUAUGGAUAACUGCGGAUUUCAUCAUGCUCGUCAUGUUGAACCAGUUUUGAGAGACAUGCUUGCGAACCGUGGGCUAAGAUUGGUUUAUCAGCCGCCAUAUCAUCCCGAAUACAACACUUGCUGUGAGAUGUGUUUCAGACAUUUAAAAGGUGUUCUUCGUUCGUUUCCUAAAUUUGCAGAAGAGCAUACGGAAAUCGCUAUUCUUCACGGUCUGAGCAAAAUUACUCACUUAAUGUCUCGAAACAUUUUCAAAUAUUGUGGAUAUACUGAUGAUUGAGAACAUUUGAGUCUGUAAAUUUAUUUAUUCGUAAAAGUACAUUUGUUUUAUUUUUAGAAAUAAAUAAUAGUACAUUUUGGCAAAGUGCUAUAGACUAUAGUCAAUAUGUAAACUAUUUA